UCAGAUCUCAGCGUCCUACUUAGGAGAGGCGACGCGUUAAACCUUUCGAUUCUUUGCUUGUUAUAACUUCAAAAUACGCCCACCCGACAGUUUCGAUGAUCGGACCAUCUUAACGACAACACGUUGUCCCAACGUCGAGCCAUCCCCGUUUCCUGGGCUCAACAAACGGCGACUUUGUUCUGCUUUGCUGACUCGCAAGCAUCCAAAGCUGGUACAAGUGAAAAUGUAGAAAGCAAGGAGUCAGACACCGGGAGUGUCUGGAGGGUCUUAUCUGUACCAGCCCCUGCGUUACACGACGAAAACUGUAAGGAUCUGAAGUUCAAGGACACUUUGCCUCGGUGUAUUGUCCCAUCGUGAAGAAAAGAAAAAGUCAGACAGUAGUAUUGCGACAGCAUUACAAGAUGAACAGGGAUCGUUGGAGGGUGUACAAGCGGGUGAUUGUCAUGUUCUUCCUUGCUGUGGUGGCACUGACCGUCCUCCAGAGAGGAAGUAUCAGCACGGGGACUUCGUUCCAAAUGGAGAGGCUGACUCUUAUUGGUACCUCUGAGACGGCGGCAGCAGCAAGCCUGCAUCUGAAAAAGGGCUCUGACCCCGGAAUGAACAGCUUCUGGAAGGCGAGCAAACCCAAGCUGGCAACAGAGGAUCCGGCCACCACCACAGAGGAGCCUGGCAUCACCAAGGACCAUGGCCCCAGGACCUGGGAUGUAACAAGCUCCAACUGUAGCGCCAACCUCAACCUCUCAAGCCAGGAUUGGUUUAAGAGCCUGGAGGCAAAUUUCAAGCAAUUCUUGCUUUACCGGCACUGCCGCUACUUUCCCAUGCUCAUCAACCACCCGGAGAAGUGUUCCGGGGAGACACAUUUGCUCAUGGUCAUUAAGUCGGUGGCCACCCAGCACGACCGGCGGGAGGUGAUCCGAAAGACAUGGGGCAAGGAGCAGGUGGUGGACGGCCAGAGGGUGAAGACGCUCUUCCUCCUUGGCAAACCAUCCAAUGAGGCAGAAAGGGCCAACCACCAGAAGCUACUGGAGUAUGAGGACUACAUCUACGGGGAUAUACUUCAGUGGGACUUUUUGGAUAGCUUCUUCAACCUGACACUUAAGGAGACCCACUUCCUCAAGUGGUUCAGCACGUAUUGCCACGAUGUGCACUACAUCUUUAAGGGUGAUGAUGAUGUCUUCGUCAGUGUGGAAAACAUCUUUGAGUUCCUGGAGGGCAGCAAAACUGUCAAGAACCUUUUUGUCGGGGAUGUGCUUUUCAAGGCUAAACCUAUUCGCAGGAAAGACAACAAGUACUACAUUCCCUUGGCACUGUACAACAAGACGCACUAUCCUCCAUACGCUGGUGGAGGGGGCUUCCUGAUGGAUGGGCCCCUGGCCAGGAGGCUCCACUGGGCCUCAGACACCCUCGAGCUUUACCCCAUUGAUGACGUCUUCCUGGGCAUGUGUCUGGAGGUGCUCCAGGUUACCCCCAUCAAACACAACGCCUUUAAGACGUUCGGUUUGGUUAAGAAUAAGAACAGUAAGAUGAACAGAGAACCCUGUUUCUUUAAGAGCAUGAUUGUGGUGCAUAAACUGCUCCCCCCAGACCUCAUGCACAUGUGGAAUCUCGUGAACAGUGACCUGGUCUGCUCACAGAAAAUGGAGAUGCUAUAGCCUAAAAGGGAAACUGUGUGACAUAGAGCAUAGACUAUACAGGCUGAGUCUCCAAGGGUACGAGCUGGAAGUGUACAUGGGAGUGGGAGAGGUAAAGAUUGACACUGUAAUGAAUUGAACGUUCUCCUUUUAUCUGGAGAUGAAUGGACCUGGACAAUAUUUGUUUUUUGUUUUUUUAUGGCAUAUGUACUGUGACGCAGAUUCUGUGGCAUGGCAUCCACCACCACACCACUAUCAGAGUAAAUUAUAUGAAGUUGUCUUUUUUUAAAUAUUGAUUUAGAAUAAUUUAUAUUCACCUGGUAUUUUGAAGGACUGUCAACACGCAAAUCCAGAGACAACAAGCCAACUCUGGGUUGCAGUGGGGUGGUCAUUUGCUCUGCUUAUAGCUAAUUGUAUGACUUUGUAUGGGUGUUGCACAUAAACUUAAUUUGGACCAGACCGGCAUGCUCCACAAGCACAGACAGCUUCAGACAAUAGGGAGGGGAAAAAAACUGUGUCUCUACCUCAAUGAUGUGGUUCACAAAUCUCUCAAUUCAUAGUUAUUUUGUUUGGUCACCUUUUCAACCUUUUCUUCCCCAAAAGAAGACUUUGAUUCAAUAGUUUUUGUUGUUGAUCUUUGCACUUCUGUGAUUUUCUGAAACGUUAUUGACUUGAGCUGUAUGUCUACUACUAGUAUACCACUGAAACCUAAACAAAAAGUUGUCUUUGAACUUGUUCGACGUAUGUUGUUCAUGGGUUUGAAUGUGCUGAUAUACUUGAUGUGAAUUUGGGAGAGGGUUUACAUUGAAACUGUGAAAUAAAUGAAACUACUGCUGGUACGUCUACACGACAUGAUAAUUUAAUACGCCCCUCCCCAGUUAAAAAGGGGCAUUUGAGGGUGGCUGAUAUUUAAUCUAUUGUGGGGGUGGUAUCAAUGGAAAUGUUCAAUGACUACAAAAAUGAAAUUUGAGGUUGUAAUGGGUGUGAUCGUGUUUAAAUGCUAUAAAUACCCGUAAACAUAAAAAUGUACACUGAAUUUCAUUUGUAAAUAAACAACUAAAAUCAUCCGUGGUCCUUAUGAUUUUCUUU